UUCAAAGUGAGCCACCAACACCAACAUUCACGAAACUUAUUAUGACAAGUAUUACCUAUUGAUUUUUAAAUGGAACUAUAGACGUGUGCCUUAAAAUAAAUCAAAUUUGUAUACUGCGUUUGAACAAGAAGUGAAAUAAAUGAACUGAAAUUGCGGAGAAAAAAGAUAUGCUUUGCAGAAUUAGCGUUUUAAUGUUGACCCUCAAUUUGGCCAAUAUUUGCAUUUUAUAUUCAGUAUGCGUUUCUGCGCAAGGAGCUACUGAUUUGCUGAAAAUUACAAAACCAACGCCGAGAAUUAUUUCAAAAGGAUCAGCAGUAAGAGCAACAAUUCCAAGUACUUUACAAGCGACUGGUUCAUCUACGACGGAGCCAAAUCCAGCGACAUCUGUAGUACCUGAAAUUUGCAUACAUGGUGUAAAAAUUUACUCAACCGACAAGCAUGAAACACAUAAUAUACAAUACGAACGAGAUUUCGUGCAAGUCCGUGAAGGUGAUGCUAUGCUCAGCAUAUUGACGACAGAUGUUUCUUCACCUCUUUUUGUAAUUGAGCGGAUCAACAGAGCAAAUCUCUUGGACGCAGACUUUGAAAUUGGGAAGUAUAUUGGAUAUUUGCUAUAAUCUAUGUAACAUAUAUGUAUAUAUUGUUUACGUUCAUUAUUUAACUUUACAGGAGUACGUGCUAUAUUGAUCGAAGAUGAAUCUGUUGCUGAAAACUUACUUAUGCAAGAGGUACAAUAUCUUCAGCAGUGCAUUGCUCAUGCUAUUGGUAUCUUUGUCGAUUAUGAUUUGUACAAGAAUUCCGAGCAAUUUAUCAAAGAUCUAGAGUACAACAUUUGGCCAAUACUUCCACCUCGUAUGUAUGUACUGCCAAAAGUGGCACAUCUGUUACACCAAAUGCCUUGGGCGGGAAGUAUAGCUUCUGUAGAAAUUGUUACUGAAAAUUUAGACACUUAUAAUGAGUUUAUUGAGGCUGUGCGUCACGAACACAUGUGUCUUAUGCAUUUCAAGAGCGUCAAUAAUAUUUACAUUCUCUUUGGAAACAAGUUGACGAGGCAUUUCGAAGAUAAUAGCACUAUUUUUGCAAUAUCCACUGAUCGCACAGAUCGUACUUUUCUAACAGAUCUCCCAGAUAAGUCGUAUAUACUUAUGGAAAGCGAAGUAGAUCCUGAUAAAAUUGAGGAAAAUUCCACAAUGCCUGCAACAGAAGAGACUUUAAGGGAUAAUUUGAUUCAACCGUCGAGGGUUUUUGCUUUCGCUCGACCCAUGCUGGAAAUCGUCCGUUGGCUAAAGGGAUCAUUAAUGCGUAACUGUAAGCGGGAGCAAAACAUUUUUGUACUUGAGUCUUGCUUAAACUUCCUAAAUUUUAUUGGUGAUUGGCAAACACCUGAGAAUCGUCAAUAUUACGAACCUGUUAAACUUUUGGAAUUAUUACACAUGCAACGAUUUACUUCGUUUAUGAACUUUAAAAUGUUUCAAAAACGCAACAAAAACACUAACGAAAGGACAACGACUAGUCAAGAUAACGCAGAUCUUCAAGAGAUUGCUUCACAAAACUUCAUUACUAACAUAACUACGUUUUAUCAUUACAAUCAAGCUAAUAGCAGUAGCAUAGAGUUAAAACCUAAAUUUGGUCAGGUUUUCAACUGUCAGUACAGCGCGGGAGAGAAUAGGCGAUAUCCAUUCCUAUUUGAUGGAGAGUCAGUGAUGUUUUGGAGAAUUAAGCCGGAUGCAUGGGUAGCCACGGGAAUGACUGCCGCUAUUCUUGGUCUAAUAAUUACCUUGGCCAUAUUAGUAUUUAUUGUUGUUCGAAUAUCAUUGGGCGAUGUAUUCGAAGGCAAUCCCGUUACAUCGAUCUUAUUGCUGCUCUCUAUGAUUUUGUUAUUCACAUCUUUUGUACCUUUCUCUUUGGAGUAUAUCGGUGAACAUAAAAACUCCCACGUGACUUUUGAAGAUGCCGCCACACUAAACACGCUUUGCGCUGUACGCGUUUUUAUUAUGACUUUCGCCUAUUGCUUGACUUUUUCACUAUUACUUUGUCGGGCUGUUAUGCUCGCUUCGAUAGGUUCAGAGGGCGGCUUUUUGUCUCAUGUCAAUGGCUAUAUUCAGGCUGUUAUCUGUAUUUUCAGUGUACUCGUACAGCUGGGUAUGUCAGUUCAAUUAUUAGUCAUUAUGCAUGUCGCAACCGAGAGUAUAUCAUGUGAAAAUAUGUACUAUGGCCAUUGGUUAUGGGUUUUGAUUGGAUAUGAUUUCAUGUUACUUAUGGGAAUUGUGGGCUUGGUUCCGUUCAUCUAUCGCUCACAACGGAAUUAUCGCGAAGGUAUUCUCAUUGUUAUUGGUGCUGUGCUGACUUUCGCAAUUUGGAUCGUUUGGAUUGGAAUGUCACUCUUAGGCGAUGAGAUGCGAGAUGCAGCAAUAUCUUUAGGCCUACAAGCCACAGGUUGGGCUAUUUUGAUAGGUGUGCUUAUACCGCGAACAUUUCUUAUAGUACGCGGCAUUGAACGUUCGGAUAUUGCUCAAGCAUUGCCUUCGCUCACUUCACUAGCUUUUGCGCAAAAUAAUCAGUACUCUUCAGAACAGAGCGUUUACGAGUGUGUUAAUCCAGCUAUGCGAAGUUGUUCGCAAGUGGAUAUAGCGCAGUCACCAAGUGAAAUCCCAACACUUCCAUUACGCGGCGGUGGCCCGCGUAGACAACAAUUUUUCGCAAACUUACGCCAGGCUAAUGCCAAUAUCAACCCACAACGGCAACCACCACGACCACAGAGGGGCAGUCCUACACGUUCAGAGUGUUCUUCUCUGCCCGGUUCACCAGAGAGCAGUAAAAUAACUCGGUUUUAGACAGACAAAAGCUCCAUGCAAUCAUAUUAACUUACCAAAUAUACUGUUUGAAUCCAUUUAUUUGUAUCUAGUCAUUCAUUGUCUUUUGAAGACUGUCCUUUUUAUUAUACAUAUAUAUAAAUAUACAUAUAUAUU